AUGGUAUACACGGACACCCAAAUGAGCCUCAGCGCCUUCAUCGGCGUAGGGAUCGUCGCCUUCGCCACGUUCCGCAUCAUCAUCACCGGCUUAACGAACCCACGCCGCCACAUCCCAGGCCCAUGGUGGGCCAGGUUCACCUCGGUGCCCAUGAAUUACCACUGCAGAGGGCACGGCAGACGUGGCCAAAUGGUGGAAGUUCAUGGUGAGCGACGUCGUGUCGCGGAUCGGCUUCGGCCAGGCAUGGCGCUGCAGACUCUGGGCCAGACCGUCCCGCUCCGGCAGUAUGUGUCGGUCGAGACGAUCGACAUGCUGGCGAGGGUGCUCCCGAUAGCUUGGCUGAAGCGCGUGGCGGCUGCCAAACAGGCCAUCUAUGACCAAGGGUCUAUUGCCGUUGAGAACAUGAGGAGGAACAAGGACAGUGAUAAGAGGAAUAUCUUCUUCAAGAUCGUCGAGGAGGUCGACCACAAGGAGACUUCGGGGCUGACUGAUGACGCUGUACGCUCCGAGGCGGCGACUUUCAUGAUCGGAGGUGCCGAGACGACCAGCGCCGCGCUGACGUAUCUCACUUGGGCGAUAGUGAGGCGGCCCGAGUUACAGAAGAGGAUCGAGGAUGAGGUGGCCAGCCUGAAGCCAGGCUUCACCGACGAAGAUGUCGAGGCCUUGCCGCUGCUGAACGCAGUCAUCAACGAGGCCCUUAGGAUGGUGUGUCCUCCGGACGGAGCGACAGUUGAGGGUGUUUAUAUCCCAGGUGGUUCCACCGUGUGCACAGUGACAUAUGCCGUCCAUCGGGUUCCAGAGAUCUUUCCGAAUGGUGCUCCUCUCAGGUUCGACGAGACCCGUUUCAAGGAUACAUCUCCUGAGGUCAAGGCCGCAUUCUCGACCUUCAUGAUAGGAUCGCGGUCGUGCAUCGGUAAGCAGCUCGCCAUGAUGGAGCUGCGGCUGGCUGCCGCGUUGCUGUUCAGAGAGUGCAGGGGCCUGCGGUUGGCGCCGAGCUGCACGGACGAGUCGAUGGAGCAGCUCCAGUGGGUGUUUACUGGGCCGAAGGGAGGGAAGUGCGAGAUGAGCUUGUAA